AUGUCCAGUUUGCAAAGAGUAAUACCCCAGGAGGGUACCCGCCAAGCGGGAGAAUCCCUCCGUACUACCGACUCGUCGGUAGUGCGCAGCCCCUCGUAUUCUGGGGGGGGCACAAACUGCACUGAGAUAAGGUCCGGGAAGGACGGCGUCAAAAAAGGAGCAGGGUCCUUGAAGGACAUAAGUAGGAAGAACGAGUCCGCGAAGGACGUAGUAGCUAUAGGGUCCGUUAAGGACAGUGAAGGGAGAUCGUCCGGAACCGCUCUCGUGUCGGACGAUAGUAUGGCCACAGCUGGGUCGGCCCAUUCGUCGGCCCGCUCUUCGCCGACACGCAGACAGCGAAAAAGAGUACUGACGAUCAAUAGUGACGAGCUUGGAAGCAGUUCCGGCUCUGACGGAGCAGCCUCUACUGGCAAAGGUGGUGUCAUGCCGCAAUCAAAGAGAGGGCGUGGUCGUCUGCCGACCACUGGUCUGACUGUGGACAAACAGACGUGUCUUAAAACUCAGCGCUCUGAGAUAAAGGCCACCGGUAGCAUGAGUAGUAUGCGCGAAGUAAGAAGCGCAAAAGCCACGGAAGGGAGCUCUAAAAAGGAUCCUGAGUGUCGUCUGAAGGAGAGUGCUGCGAUGGCCCUGAAGGUAUGCAGUAAGCCCGGCAACCUGAAGAGUACGUAUCAACGUGCCCUAAAGGAAUUGGCGGUGACAAUAAUGGAGGUCACAGAAGAGCUGGCGAACCGUCCCGCGGCCCAAGAGACGGAAAGGCUGCGAGCGGUAAACGCCGGUCAGCAGGAGGAGAUUUUACAGCUCCGACAGGAGCUGCAGGAGGUACGCAAGGAGCUGGCGCGCAUCUCACGGGCUUUGACGUUGUCCAACCCAGUCGAAACCCCAGCCCCAGCUUCAAGCAACACGACAGAGGACCAGGAGGAGCUACGUGUCCAACGCAUUAUGCGUGCCGUCGGCACCAUGGUUGACGCUCGCUUUGCGAGUCUGGAGAUGCGGCUGCCCCCGGAGCCUCGCAUCAGGCCACCCUUGGCGGCGGAUAGACGGAAGACCUGUGAGAAAUCGCCAGACCCUCCUCUCAUCGUUGAUGCUACGCUGGAAUCAACAUCGGUACAAGCAGCAUUGCCGCCCUCCGCGAAUAAGAAGACACAAGGCCCUAGACGUAAGACCACGGUGCUAGCACCCCUGUCCGAACUGGGUGCCUUCCCUCCGGCUCCAGUUGUUUUAACCGAAAGCUGGUCCACGGUCACCCGUAGGGGUGCUAAGUCAAGGGGGAAGGUCGUGAAAACAGCCGCAGCUGUUCCACCGGAGGAGAAAGCACCGUCUUCAAAGAAGAGGACGAAGAAGCGGCUUCGAGCUCCGCGUUCUCAGGCUGUGGUAUUAAAACUACAGCCAGAAGCCGCAAGCCGCGGCCUUACAUAUCGGUCCGUCCUUGCGGAAGCGAGGGCAAAGAUCGACCUAGAAUCGUUAGGCAUCCCGGUCCAGAGGAUUCGGUCCUCUUUAACUGGUGCCAAGGUCCUGGUGGUAGAUGGAGACGAUCAAGUGGAGAAGGCUGAUCUCCUGGCGAAUAGGCUGAAAAAAUUCUGCCCGCGGAGGGCGUCGAAAUCUCCAGGCCAUCGGUGA